AUGAGGAAAACGAAAAGCUUGAACGAUAUCCCCGUGCUGUUUGACAAAUGCAGCUAUCACGGAGAGUCGAAAGUUUCGAAAACCUUCAAGCUUUCCUCGGAGAACGUCUCUUUCUCGCCAUUUUCUCGCGAGCCUUUCGAAAAUUCGGACGGCAGAAGAGGCUCGACCUCUUCGAGGGAAAUCGUUCUGAAACUCGAGGAUCAGAGAGAAUCCUACGUCAGUGAUUCGAGUACUGAGAAGGAAGAUAUCAACGAAAGAAAAACGCUGAAAGAUUCGAAGGUGUCAAAGGUGAACGUCGAAGAGAAGAUACGGGACAAUUCUAAGAUCGAUGCUCUCGAUGGACCUUCGAAGAAACGGAAACGGAUUCUCUUGGUGAUCGAUGUUUUUCUUUCGUUUACCCUAAUCGCUCCUAUGACCAUCGGAUUUUGGAGAGGAACCUGGACGUUGAUGGACAUUUACGUAAACAUAUUUCCUGGAUGGCUCACGUUCGUCUUGGGUUUCCUGAUACACACGGGUUUCGCGGCAUCGAAGAAUUUUCUGCACACUUUUGCGAUCGGCGUGGCAAAGCGGAACACGUGCUCGAGUAAGGUGGUUUGCAAGUGCGUGCAAAUUUUCUACACUUACGUCUUCGGUAUCGCCUGCAAUAUGUAUUGGAGAGGCAGCUGGAUCCUCUUCGAUCACCUCUUCAACUAUCAACUUUGGCCGAUUCUAGGUGGUACCGUAAUGGCAACGAUAACCCUGGCGAUCUCACGAUCCCUUCGAAACCUCAUAGCAAUUCCGUUGGUGAUCGCCGUGGACAAACUCAUCUUCGUCUUCCGCUUCCCAACGAGAUACAAACUGGAUGGCGGCAGCAGAGACGGUACCCUUGCAAGCUCCCAAGCCUCGUGUCCUCUGGCACCCGAGGGUUGCCACGAGGAAAGAAAGAAGGAAAAGGAGAAAAAGAUAACGGGUCAAGGUGAGAGGAUCGUGGUAAUCCAAGCUUGA